GCUAGUAACUGCCACCUGCGAGGAAAUAGAUGCUUCCUACUGCAACACAAAAGCCAAAGAAGGCUUUUGCAGAUACAGACCCACGUGUAUUAGAGAAACAAGAACUUCAACAGCCAACCUAUGUUGCUCUAAGUUACAUUAACAGAUUUAUGACUGAUGCAGCUCGACGUGAGCAGGAAUCUUUGAAGAAAAAGAUUCAGCCGAAACUCUCUCUGACUUUGUCAAGCACAGUGUCCCGUGGGAAUGUAUCUACUCCACCUCGCCACAGCAGUGGAAGCCUUACUCCCCCAGUCACCCCUCCAAUCACUCCAUCCUCUUCAUUUCGCAGUAGUACACCUACAGGUAGUGAAUAUGAUGAGGAGGAAGUAGACUAUGAAGAAUCAGACAGUGAUGAGUCCUGGACUACAGAAAGUGCUAUCAGCUCUGAAGCUAUCCUUAGUUCAAUGUGCAUGAAUGGAGGGGAUGAGAAACCUUUUGCCUGUCCUGUUCCUGGAUGUAAAAAAAGAUACAAGAAUGUGAACGGUAUAAAGUACCAUGCCAAGAAUGGCCACAGAACGCAAAUCCGUGUACGCAAACCAUUCAAAUGUCGCUGUGGAAAGAGUUACAAGACAGCUCAGGGCCUGCGGCACCACACAAUCAAUUUCCAUCCCCCCGUGUCUGCUGAGAUUAUCAGGAAGAUGCAGCAAUAACAUGCUGGUCACAAAUGUGCCAAGAAAUCCUCACCAGCAGUUGCUGAUUUUCAGAACAGCCACCUUUUUCAGGGGAAGCAUUCAGCAACCCUUUAAAGAAUUAAAUGCAUGCUUUAAAAUUUUCUGUAAUUUUGGAAUGAUGUAUCUUUGUAGAGUUAAUGAUUUUGUACAUUUGCACAUGUAAUCAUCAUACCCAUUUUCAUUACUUUGAGAUAAGGUGCUAAAAAAGCUAUAGGUUCUUCAGAACAUUUUUCUCCAAAACAAAAAAUUAGGGGGGGGCAUUGCGUAUUUAGUUGUACUGAAGUGUUGAAUAGGAGUAAGAGGAGAGCUUGGCACUGACAUAAUUUCAAGAUUGUAAUGUCAUGAAGACUUUCAAUGCAUCUGUCAACGUGUGUGCAAAACCAAAACAAUACCACCAUUGUCAAACUAUAGUUAACAUGCCUUACAUAAUGGAGUUAUCAGUGGGGUAGCAAGUCUUUUAGGUAAUGGAAAUAUAAAUAAGAAAGAAUGUUUAACAUAAUAUGCUAAAAAUAUUUUCAUACUUAAAUAACAUACAUAAAAAGGUGUGCUUGCUGUAUUUUAUAUUAUCUUGCAAAUCUUUUUUUUCCCUCUUGAAAUGCUGAAAAUCUUGCCAUUUGAACUAAUAAACAAUCACUUUAGUGUUAGAAAUUGCUACUUUUUUUUUUUUUUUUUUGUAUUUGUACAAGAUGUCAUAUUACGUUCAUGCCCAUCAAACUUUUGAGGACCAAUAUCCCAGUCCAACUAAAUAGUUACCCCUGAACUAUCUGUUAGAAAGACACUUGGAAAUACUUAAGUGCAAAUUUGUGUGUGUGUGAGAAACGAUUAUCUUCAUCUCAGAUGAAGGUUUAAAGCACUUUGUAGUUCUCUAUUGCCAACAGAUUUAAUGUUUUAUGUGUUGCCAAUUCUUGCAACUUACUGUACGAGCAUGUGCCUGUGGUUGCAAAUAAAAAUUAAAAAUUCUACACAUGGUUUAAGGAGGUCCAUUAUUUGUGCUAAGGGAAUUUCUAAUGCCUCUUCUUCAUGUUCAUUGUAGUUUGAGAUUUUUCUUUGUACUUUUUUUUGCUUCUCAUUGUAGAUCACUGCAUUCUGUUUGGAAGUAAGUGUGUCUGUUUAGCUUUACAAGUAAUUUUGCUGAAAUAUGACAUAUGAGCCUUACUGAAGAUGAUUAAGUGCUUCUUGCAGCAGGUGGUCAGAGACUGAUUUAAAACAAAAUCCAACCUGAAACAGCUUGUGUCUGGACCAUACCUGAAUGUUUGUUGCCUGCCAUCCUGCCUUGAGCAGUCUUCUCUCACAAGUGCUAUUCCUGGCCUUUAGAUGCCAGUUAUGGAAUUGUGCAACUCCCCCCCCUGCCCCCAAACCCCAUUCUUUUAUAGUAAGGUUUGGGGGGAUUCAUAAUUUGAAAUACAGUAAUCAGCCUUCCUUAUUUGCUGUAAUUGCAGGUGCAAAGGAAAGCUUCCCAUAUAUGAGAACUAAGCUUUCCCUUUAAUUUUGCCAAAGCUUUAAAAGACUCCGUAUAAAUAUGACAAUUACCUAGUCUCCAGCAGAAUAGAAGCGGCGUCUCUAAAAUAUUUGGAUCCUCCUAAUAAAUUUCAAAGUGUUUAGAAGAUCCCCAUUUAGGAUUUGAAAAAGUAGUAUUUUAUUUAAAGAGGUGCCAGUGGCUGUAUUGUACAGUGCUGUCAGCUGGGUUUAAAGGAUGAUCCAGACAUGAGAAGUAAUUUUUGGUACACAGACGGUCCCAUGCGGCCCUUUCCUACCUUCUGCAGUUUUGGCAACAGAUCUGGUGAGCAAAUAUGUUUUGGCUCUGCUCCUAGUGCAAGAAACUACAGACUGGGUAAGUUAGUUCAACAGCUAAACAGUUGUAAAGUGUCAUUGUUGCAUGUAAAUUCAUUUCAACUAUAAAAAUGAAAUUCCAGUUUCUAUUUACCUACUCAUUGUGACAGUAUUAUUAAACAGGUAAAGAUGGGACUAUUUUGUUAUACUGUGUAUAGUGAAUGUAUUGUACCGUGUCUGUGAAAAGUGUGCUUUAAAUUAUAUUUUCAUAUGUUUUGUUGGGGACAAAGUACUUUAAGUUUGAAAGUGACAGAGGUUUGUUUUAGAACUGAAGGCAACUUAAUGAAUUCCUGUCAAGAAAGCUGCUUAUAAAUGUAAAUCAAAUCACAUUUAAAAUAAACUGCCUCUGACCUAAAA